UCCUCCAUUCGACCAUCGGUGACUGACCGAAGCUGUACCUCUUCCCAAUCUCAAGAGCAAAAGAAAGAAAGAUGUAGGGAUGGAUGUACGAUUUUUGUUGUCAGCUGAAGCAUCUUCUUGUUGGCAUCCUUUUUCAUAAUUUACACCAUCCCUACAUCCCCCUUCAUUUUGAAGAAAUGAUUUUUCCACUUGUAUAAGAUCAUCUGAAACUCU